AUGCACCGCAUACCUCCUUCGGAAAUGCCAUGUGAUGAUGAUGCGUGUGAAUCUCCAGCCCAUGAUGCGCCCUUGAAAGGGGAAGUGCGCGAACCGGACGUGGCGCGGAAUCACAUCACCCUCCGGCCACGACACAUGCAGACCACGACACCCGGGCCACCCCCUGAAGCAAUACGUUUGGGACCCUAUACCAUUGCGCUAAGCAGUAUGCAUUCAUGUCAGCACAAUGACGAGAUCGGGUCCUGUCUAGGCGUUGGCGCCGUGAGAUCAAGGCGCAGGGUUUCAUGCAGAGAGACGAGCAGUGAGCGGAAGCACAGUGUCUUGGCAAAGGAAAUUACCCCCGUCCAGGCCCCAUGA